UCGACCUCUUGUUGGCUUCCUCGAAGAAUUGAAGGGAUUUGAUAGGUUACACAGGAUUUAUAUCGAUAAUAAAAAUAUACCUUGUUGUUGUGACUCUUUGCAGCUUUCAACUGGCUUUACAGUUGAAACGUCGGCAUUGAAGCGUACAAGAUAUAAACUAGCAGAUCGAGCCUUGGAUAGUGUCUAGCUUCCACAAAUUAAAUUCCAUUUUAAAAGUAAUUGGGCACAACAUCAUGCCUAGAGCUUCCAGAAGAGAUUGGGAAUCAUUGUUCAGAUCAGCUGACCGAGACGGUAAUGGAUAUCUUGACAUCAAUGAACUGAGAGCUUUGUUCAGGAAAGCCAACAGUAGAGUAACAGAAUCACAGCUGAUUGAUAUAUUUGAGUAUUUCGAUGGACCCAAUGGGGAUAGGAGAAUAACGAUGAAAGAGUUCACGACGGGGAUUAAAAAAAUCGAACAGUUUCAUCGUGACGUAGAAUCUCUUUUCAAAAAGUUUGAUAGAGAUCGCAGUGGUUUCUUGGACCGCAACGAAAUGAAAAGGCUACUGGAGUCUAGUGGUCAACGGUUUACGCAUCAAGAAGUGAAUGAAAUCAUCAGGCAAGCAGACGCCAAUGGAGAUGGUCAUAUCUCACUGGACGAACUAUUGAAUGCAUUGACGUAAAAAUACAAUCGUCCAGUGUCAGAACUUUUGUUCAGGGGCAGCAACUUGUGAAAUUUCUGUUGACGCACUCGUGAAAUAGCCUAAUUCACUAAUCCGAAGUUUUAUAUUUUUCAUUGACAUCAUAUUUACUUUUACAAAGUGUUUAUAUGAGAAAAUGUUGAUUAUGUUUAAAUAAAUACGAAGACCUUAAAAAAAAAGAAGCUGUUGCAUUAAUCUAACACAUACGCAUUAUUUCUAGCUUUGACAUUCAAAACAAUUUAAAAACAAGUAACAUAUAAUAAACAGGUAUUUUAAAAAGACAAUGCCUCCUUAAUACAGAUGACAGAAUUUUGUUAGAGCGAUUUUUUUCUCUCUUAAUAACAACAAAGGAAUGAUAGAUUUAAAGAAAAAAAUGGAACAUUUUCUACCUCGCCUUAAUUCCCCCUCCCCUUCGAAAAAAUUCUGGUUAGCGAAUGAAUAAAGUUAUAUACAAUUCCAAUGAUAAGCUUAUAGACCGAGACUACGAAGACGGUACGCAAAAAGAACGUCUGUAUAUUUAGCUCUUUAAUCAUGAAUACAUGUGGGAAUGUUUGUUCAAUAUAUAGAAUGUCCAAAAAUUCGAAACGGUUUAAUUAUUUAGAGUUUUCCUUACCAGGGCUAAUAAGCUAGUAUUUUUGUCUUAUUUGUAUUCAUGAACUGUCAAAUUUAGAGGAAAAUCGUUGAAGCCGUUUUCAAGGUCCGUGUCCACCCAGGUUCCAGUUUCCAUGAAGAGUUUGCAAGCUGAAUAGAGGAAUCGUAAAAAAAAAAUAAUUGCGUUACAAACUCCCUAUAACGUACAUAUGUAAUAUUUUUUUCAUUGAUGUUCUCGACCAGUCAUCUCGGUUUGGACGGCCAUAUCAUUUCCCAUGGGCAUUACUUAUUGCCGUGAACCUUAGGGGGGAGAAUAGUCUCUCAACCCAAACCUCAUCACUGAGCUCGGUUUUGUGCAGCUUUCUUCAUCUGCUCCAUGUCAUUCCCGUAUCAAAAGCUUUGCUGACGACUGACUCUUUCAGAUUUGUUCGGGUCAGCCCAAUGUCAACGGAAGACUAAUUCUAAGUUUAAUUUUAAGCAUAAACUGUUUAGUUUGACAUGGAAAAAAACAACACAACAGAACUUAUUCACCAUAGGCGCAUAGUUAAUUUUUUUAUCAAUAUAAUUAAAUCUCGAUUAUUCCGAUCCCGAUGUAUUAUUUUAUUACUUGUCAAUUUCAAUGACUUUGUCGAUAAUGAAAAAAAAAAGUAGGCCUACAUAAUUUUCAAUAUUCAAACUAAUUGAAUUGAAUAACUGAUCUAGUGGGUUGGAUUUAGAUCUUUGUCAAACAUGGCUAUUGUUCAGUUCAUUAAAAUAAAAGUAGAGUGUGAAAAUGA